CUCCAUUUCUUCGGCGUGCUGGGUCACAAGGACAAGGUGGCACGCGAACACGAGCAAAAAGUGCAUCGUCCUCUCAAAUUCUCAAUGUAGGAGAGAUCAAGACUCAAUGUAGGAGUUUGGCGUAAAUACGGCAUGGGGCCUCUUCAAGCUUUCUGGGCAUGGCGAACUGGAGAGCAGAGCAUGCCCAACAUAUGGCGCUCGCUUGACGCCAUGGACGACCAGGAGGGAGGUCUCAUAUUCUCCGUCCAAUUUGAUCCGAUGAGGGCGGGCUUCGAUCCUACUCUGAUCAGCUUCCCUGUUCCAUCGCUGAUUAGUCGCCUUCUCGGAUGGAGUAACAACAGUGGUCAAGGGAGGCCGCAGGGAUCCGUGAUGGUCGUCGCCGCUGCUGUUGCUCUUUACGUGGCUGUGCUCUUUGUUUCCGGUCAGCAGCCUCGCCGGCGACGUCUGGCUGCUUCUGCUGCAGCUAGGCCAACUUCUGCAGUCAGACUCAGACCUCGUGCUCUGCCUCUGCCUGCGCCGGACAGUGGGCUCCUCAGAAUUCUGUCAUGGAAUAAUCACCAAUAUCUGGAGAACGUGGUUCACAGCGCGUCCAUCGGUGCCCGGGACGAUGAGCCGGUUCCGGUGGCAAGAGUUCAGAGCAUGCCACCCGACGUGGCUGGAGCAACCUCUGCAUUGGAAACGAAGCACGGUCAGCUGGUCAAGGAGGAGGAGGUCGAGCGGUUCAAGGAGCUGUGGCUGUCGCUCGUGGAGCGGGAGCAGAGGCUAGAGCUCCGGCUGAUGCACCUCGAUGGCCUUAGAGAGCAGCUCGAGCACCGCGUCAGCGUCGCCGCCGUGGAGACUUGGAUCCUGAAGCUCAAUGCCUUGUUACUGCAUGAGGAGAACGAGAGGCUCAAGACCCAGGCGGCGGAGCUGGAGGCCGUCCGGGCGCAGCUGCGUCGCGCCAAUGAGAAGCUGCGUGCGCUCAAGGAGCGGGUGCAGGUCGAGCGGGUGGAAUCUCAGAGGGAGGCGGCGAUGCUCCGGGACAAGGUUAUGGAUCUGGAACUGACGGGCGGGAGGAGGGAGAGGGCGUUUGCCGCGGAGGCGGCUACGCUAUGGAAGGCCAAGGCCGGGCUGGAGGAGGAGAACAGGGAGCUUGCUCUGAGGCUGCAGCAUGCGGAGCAGGUCUCCUCCUCUGUUACUGUUAGUCUGGUUCAUGAGGACGACAUCGUUGAUGAAGCAAACUACCUGAGGGAGGCGAACGACAGGUUGACCAGGCAGAUCGAGCAGCUACGCAGCGACCACUGCGUGCAUGUCGAGGAGCUCGUCUACCUCAAGUGGGUCAACGCCUGCCUCCGCCACGAAAUCCGUGGCAGAGACCACCACCCCUCGUCCGCCCAACAAGAUCAGGACGGUGAUGGCAGAGCCAUGACGUCGGCCAUGGAUCUGAGCAAAAGCAUGAGCUACCGCUCCAGCGAGAAGGCCAAGGAGCUCAUGCUGCGGUAUGGCAGCCUCGGCCUGGGCGGCUACGACCCCGCGCUCUUCUCGCCGCUUAACGAGACGACAGACCGCGACGGCAAAAAUCACCAGCUGCGUUUUGGAGAUCACGACGAGCCAUGGCGGAGCCCAGUCAUGCCGCCGGCAGUCGCGGCCACGCCCAAGAAUCCUGCCGGGCAUGGCAAGCUCAAAUUUGUGAGGAAUAUCAAGAAGCUGCUAGCUAGCAGAAGAAGAAGCCAAGGCCACAACCACAAGAGCGAGAAGAAGGCGAUGCGGUGGCUGUCCUCCAGCAGCCACGACGCGCUCUCCGGAGACAGCUCGUACGAGAGCACGCCGCUGUCGUCCUGCCAGCGGACACGGCUGAGCAGCGUGACGACCGUGGACUUGGACGCCCGUGCGCGCGGCGGGGAGGCGGCCGCAGAGGUGCCUGUCGCGUCGAGGCCGGAGGCGGAUACUCAGGGUUAACAUUUGAGAAAGCAUAGGCGUUCCUACACCCCCUUAUCUAGCCACUCAUUUUUGCAUCGCGAUUCGUGCGAGUACAUUUGUCUCUUUUGUUUCUCCCAUAUAGAACAACAUAUGAACUUCAAACUUGGCAGCUCAACAAAACAUUCUUACUAGAAUGUGGGAAAAA